CUCUCUUUUUCACACACACUCACGCCUCUCAGACGCACACGGCAGCGCACAAGCCAGAGAGCAGGACGGCACUGGUCGUAUCAUUCAUAUAGGGAAUAGAUCCGAAGAAAAGGAUUAACUCUCUCCAUCCCUCUCCCUCUAUACGGACCUUAUCCUCUCUUUCCUCCUCUUGUGUCUCUAAGCCUCUCUUCACCUCAUUUUUUUCUACAAUCCCUCAUUUUUUUCUACACAAUCCCUCCUUUCUCACAAUUUAUUGGUGGGUUAAAGGGAAGCUGGGAGGGGGGAUUGUCUCUAUACAAAAAGGAGGAUUAUUCUUAUUCAUUUGACCGGGAUCUUGAACGUAUGGAUUUCUUCAACUGAAGGGAAAACAGUUUUUCGUCUUUGAGAUUUUUGAUUUUUAUUUUAAUUUUUGGGAUAUUUUUGUGAGGAUGGCUGAUGGCAGAAAGCUAUAAGGCUGGUGCUAUCUGAAAUAUUUGGUCAAAAGGUGUUUUGGUGUAGCUUUUUUGCCGUCGCCACCCAAGUGGAGGCUGCAGGCAUGGCGGCUUGACGCCCCCAUAGCCCCGCCCCUCCGACAGAGGAAGGCUGCAGAGCUCUGUGUCAUGCCCCCCCACACCCAUCCCCCCGGGGGCAUCGGCCUGCCCCCACACAGCUCUACCACCCUCUACCUGGCCAGACCUGUCUUCCUCUGUGUCCUCUGCCUCCUGGCGACGCUGCUGCCGGCAGCCUCCUCCUGCCCUCCUCCCUGUCUCUGCGACUCAGACGCUCUGGUGGUGGACUGCGGGGGCCGGGGUCUCUCCUCCCUACCGCCCCUUCACCUCCUGCCUCCGGGAAGCCGCUCCCUCCUGCUAGCCAACAACAAGCUCGCCUCGCUGGGAGCCUCUGCCUUCGCUAACCUCUCCUCUCUGGAGGAGCUUGACCUCUCUAACAACUACCUGGAUAAUUUACCAGCUGGAUUAUUCAGAGACAUGUCCAACCUGACAAGACUGACUCUGCACAACAACUCACUAACAGUCAUGGACAGAGAACUCUUUCAGGGUUUGGGGGGUCUUCAGAGUCUGGAUCUGUCCCUGAACGGCCUGUCCUCUGUUCCUCUGGGGCUACUGGAUGAGCUGCAGAGCCUCAGGUGGUUGUCUCUAGCGGGUAACAGGCUUCAAGGUUUGGAGAGGGCAGCAUUUGAGCCACUUGCCAACCUACAACACCUGGAACUGGGACACAACCCCUGGGAAUGUGACUGCAACCUCCGCGAUUUUAAACACUGGAUGGAGUGGCUGCUGUACAGAGGGGGGAAGGUGGACGCGGUGGAGUGUACGCUACCAAAGGACCUGCGUGGGCGAGACAUCCGUGGCGUUCCGGUGGAAAUGUUCAACUACUGCCUCCAACUUGAGGAUGAAAACGGCGGAGGAGGCGAGGGUUCCCGUUCCGGACAAGGAGGCGGUCCUCCCUGCAGCAGGAACGCUCUUAACCCCAGUGGGGCAACACCAAUUUCUGACAACAGCAACACAGGUGAUGACUCCUCUUCAAACACGGGAGGUGGAGGAGGAGCUGGAGGCGGAGAGGCCCCCUCGGAUUGCGUCCGCGCCCGUUAUCGACCAGUGAGCGUGCGCCGCGCCAUUGGCACGGUGGUGAUCGCCGGCGUGGUGUGUGGCAUCGUUUGCAUUAUGAUGGUCGCAGCCGCGGCUUACGGCUGCAUCUACGCCUCGCUGAUGGCCAAGUACCAGAGAGAGCUGAAGAAGAGACAGCCGCUGAUGGGAGACGGAGAGGCAGACGGGGAGGAUAGGGAGGAGAAACAGAUCUCCUCUGUUGCCUAGAGGAGUGACAGGGCGGGGGAGGGUUGGCAUGUCAAAGGGUGAAGGUUGGAAGGGGUGAAAAUUUAAAAAAAAGGGCUCAAAGAGGAGAGAGAUGGAAGAGCUUUAUUGCACGCAGACAGUUAUGGUAUCUCUCCCUCUGACUCUCAAACUGACACCUUUUCGUCUUCCUUUCUUCGUCCUCUUUCUAUUUUUAACCUUCUCCCUCUCUGUCCCUCUCUCCACACAUACCUUAUCUGUUCCCUGAUUCUCUCUUCCAUUUGGAGCCAUUCUCACUGCAGUAUUUGUUACCAAUCAUCCCUCCAGCUCGCCUACCAACCACCUACUGCUGCUCUUGGCUGCUGCUGAAUUUACCAUUAUAUUGGCUGAGAGAAACAUGAUUUGGUUCUCUCCCUAGUAUGAAACAUAUCAUUAAGCUGUUACAAGACGUGUACAGUCGGUAAGUAUUUGUAAAACUGGAUCGAAUUUUCAGGGAUUAACCGUAUGUAUGGUGUGGAUCGGACCAAUAUUCAUAAUGAUCAGAAGAAGUUGUAGUGUUAGGUAUUGUCCUGCUCUAGUUUUGUUUUCAUCUUUCUCCUCAUCAACCUCUCCAAUGCCAGUAGUUCCUCCAAAUAACCUGGACCCCAACCCAUAUCCCUUCACCCUCUUCUGGCCUACUGCUCCUCUGACAUUCCCUUUGACCUCCCAGUACUAAAGACACACCCAGUGAUGGAAAGCAUGGUGGAAAUGAGGGAAACUUGAUGAAUAAACACAAAGAGAUGUCAUUUAUAUAAUCAACGCCUCUCUAGUGCAUUGUUGCAGAGAGAACUGGGAAUACAUAUAGAUUAUAGGGUCUCCAGAGUCUCGUCUCUCUUGAGACUUGUUAGGGAUGUUGCAUAUUGAACAGGAAACCACUUGGAUUGACAAAACGAUCAUUCAUGGAUGGCUAGACCUUUCAAAUACACGGGUCAGGACGGAGACAAUGAUUAGACAUACUCCUCUAUUUGGUAGAGAUGUGUUUCUCUCUGGAUCUUCUCUGGAUCAAUAACAUCCUCCACGUGUCACAGACUGGAGCUGUGUAUGAGAUUCAAUCAGUUCAAAGGGGAACAAACCAUUUAAACUGGAAUUUGAAUUUGCUGUAUUUGUCACAUUUUGCUUGGAAUAAGGCUUUGGCUUGCUUGAUGCUUGUUAAAUGAUUAUGAUAACUAUCUGGACUGAUCAAAAGCCUCUUAUGGUGGUGAAAAGCAGUCAAACUCAUUUUCUGCUAUUACUUGGACUACACUUUUAGCUGUGGUGGUUCAGAACAGUAUCACAACGGUUUGAAUGAAGAUAUUGAGAAUUAAAGGACCACAGACUUUGCUUUAAAACAAAUAUUCUUUGUUCAGAGCUCAUUUUCUGACUGAUUUCACCCCUCAGAGGUGAAUGUUUGCUACUAUGGCAUGGAAACACUAUCUCAGAGAACCCUUUCUCCUGGCAAGGACUACAAAACUUCAUCUAAGGACUACAAACUUCAGAAUCCUGCACUUUAUUUCCCUUAAUCAGAUCCCCUCUGGCCUCCCUCUCCCUCCUCCCAUCCCUUUCUUUCUUUCUAAAAUGGACGAUUUGCCCAGAGGGAUUAAAACGAACAAGGGAUUAAACAAAAAGACGCUGCUAUUUUUCCCCCUCCUCCCCAUCCUUUUAUCUCACCAUCCAUCUUUCCAUCCAGUGCUAUUUAUGGAAAGUAUUUCACACUUCCUUAAAGACUUCCACCUCCUUCUUUUCCUUUCAUUCGUUCCUUCUCCCAUAUCGUUGUCAUAUUUUUCCUCAAAGCCAGCAAUAUGCAAUGGAAGUUGUUUCACCAUAACAUUUUGUCGCCACCAAAGAGUCCUUCUGUUUUAAACUUAGUAAUCAUCACAAUCUUUCUUAAUGCAUCCACAAAAAAAGGUUAGUUUGUUUGCUUUACAUGGUGUUUUUUCCUUAAUCAUGCCAUUAAAUAUUUAUGUAAACUUUCGCAUUUUUAUCGCAGUAUAGAACAUUUGUGUCUUCAGUGAAAUCUCAAAAAUCUGGCUUUCAUUGCAUAUUGCUCCCCUCUAGUAGAACUAUUGUUCCCUAUCAAUUUUUAAUUGGCUGGAAAUAAACAUAUAUUAAUAGUGUGUUAUCUUAUACCCGGGUAUGAUGCAGAUAAAUAUUAUUAUAUUCGUCUCUAAUAUGGUGUGUUGGCCCAGAAAUCCCCCAAAUGUUUUUUGACGUAACUGUUCAUGGUUUUCUGUAUCAAUUCAUAAUGUAUGUCUUUUGUUGUGUUGAUGACUUCUAUGUUUUGUUUUAGGUUUUAAUAUCUCUGUAAUGUUUGUUUAUUUGUCGUGUUCAUUUAUUUGUGUUUAGUAGUUGAUAAAGUUUCUGCAAGAGGUAUAGAAAGAGUUUGGCCAUUGAGAGUGAAAAGGGCCCUGUACCGCUUCCUCAUCUCUGAAAUGUAUUUAAAUAAACAUUAUUUAGUAUACACGUCAAGUACAGCAGGGUUC